CGUUCAUCGCGACGUGGACGACUUCGCACCUCUGUGCGAUUGUUCAAUUUGAUCAUGAAGGCUUCGUUUGCCGCCGCCGUGUUGGCUGUUGCCGUCUGCCUCCUCUCGGGUGCACCCCAAGUAUCGGCUGGUGUGUCCCUCCGUGGCGAUAGCCACGCUGACGCUGCGAGUCAAGUCGCAGCGUUCGAGCGCCAUUUGGCCGUGCAAAACGCGAUGAACACGAAGGCCCCCGUGACGAACAAGCCGAAGAAGACCAAGAAGCCUAAGAAAACCAAGAAGCCCAAGACGAAAAAGCCGAAGAAAACCAAGAAGCCCAAGACGAAAAAGCCGAAGAAGACCAAGAAACCUACGGCGAAGAAGUCCACGACAGCCAAGCCUGCGUCGAAAACCAAAAAGGACAACAAAAAGAGUGCAGGCGCCAAACCUGCCCCUGCGACGAACCCUACGUCGACACCCGCUGGUACUCCUCUCCCUACAACUGACUUGUCCAAGUCGGCCAAGAAGGAUGAAGUCAAGCCGACGAAGAACGGUGCUUCCACCUCGACCUUGGCCGUCUUCUCGACCGCAACUGUCGUUGCCCUCACAAUCUCGUCGCUGCUUUAAUCCUAUCCUCUCCUUUGUACUCUGCCCAGCAUGUUGUCGCCACGAACGCAUUCAAUAGCGAGUGCCCCACGCAGAGACGAACAUCGUGACCAUCCAUCUCGUGCGUGGAUUCCGCAGCGUCGUUCGGCUCCUCCAGCACUCUUCACCAUGUCCAGAUCUUUUCCUGUCAAUUCUCUUUUCAAUCAAGCUGUCGACCAAUCAAAACGAACG